AUGACACAAGGAAGGGUGUGCCUGACGAACGCCUGUGUGUGGGCUUGCGCAGGGGAGCACAUCAAGAACUGGCGAUCGCGCUACUUCGUGCUGCUGGAGAAUGGCGCCCUCAUCGGCUUCAAGAACCGGCCCGAAGCAGACGCCUGGGCGACCCACUCAACAACUUCACGGGAGGAGUGGGUGGCGGCGAUCCGCGGCGUGGCGGACCGGCUGGCGGAGCAGGGCGACGUGGACAUGCAGCCCGCGGGCGGCGGCUCGGGCUCCGGCAGCGCGUCCUCGUCGCGCGGCGGCGGCGACAGCGAGGACGCGCUCAUCGAGCUCGGCGCCAAGUUCUCCGUGCAGGGCACCUCGGCCUCCAAGAGCUCCGGCAAGAAGAAAGUGACCCUGGAAAACUUUGAGUUCUUGAAGGUGCUGGGCAAGGGCACCUUUGGAAAGGUCAUCUUGUGCAGAGAGAAAGCUACAGGUCACCUGUACGCCAUCAAGAUUCUCAAGAAGGAAGUGAUCAUCCAGAAGGAUGAGGUGGCGCACACGCUCACGGAGAAUAGAGUGCUCCGCACAACCAAUCAUCCCUUCCUCAUUUCUCUGAAGUACUCUUUCCAGACAGCGGAUCGACUGUGCUUCGUUAUGGAAUAUGUGAAUGGAGGAGAACUUUUCUUCCAUUUAUCAAGGGAACGAGUCUUUUCGGAAGAUAGAACUCGGUUCUAUGGUGCAGAAAUUAUUUCAGCUUUAGGAUACCUGCAUUCGGAGGGUAUUAUAUACCGUGAUCUCAAGCUAGAGAAUCUGCUUCUAGAUAAAGAUGGGCACAUCAAAAUAGCAGACUUUGGCCUUUGUAAAGAGGAUAUCACUUAUGGACGGACUACGAAGACUUUUUGCGGUACACCAGAGUAUUUGGCACCAGAGGUUUUGGAGGAUAAUGACUACGGUCGUGCUGUUGAUUGGUGGGGAAUUGGGGUUGUGAUGUACGAAAUGAUGUGUGGUCGACUACCCUUCUACAACCGUGACCAUGACGUUCUUUUCACUCUGAUCCUCAUGGAAGAUGUGAAAUAUCCUCGAACACUCUCGAAUGAAGCAAAGGAGCUUCUGGGAGGACUCCUCAUCAAAGACCCUAACCGCCGGUUGGGUGGUGGAGUAGAAGAUGCUAAGGAAAUCAUGGCUCAUCCGUUCUUCUCAUGCAUCAAUUGGACUGACUUGGAACAAAAAAAGAUCCCACCCCCCUUCAAGCCUCAGGUAACAUCGGACACAGACACCCGCUAUUUUGACUCGGAGUUCACUGGUGAAUCUGUCGAGUUGACGCCACCCGAGCACGGAGAGCACCUUAACUCCAUUGCAGAGGAGCAUGAGCAGCCAUACUUUCAACAGUUCAGCUACCAGGACAUGGCGUCUACCCUCGGCUCGUCGGCUGCCAUUUCUGCAUCGAGUGGGUCCCUUGCUCAGUCAGCAUCGAUGCAGUGAGGACAACUGCAGUCAGUUGCUCGGUCUUAUUUGUAGCUGUGUGCUGUUGUGUUGGUGAUACUGAAGUGGACAAAUUCAUAUGAAACUUGUGCACAUUAUGUGAAUACUAUUGGUCAGAUGCUGAUGUACUGUAACAGACGUGUGUUACUGAUAAUGAUAUGAAUUAUUUUAAUGUGUGGAUGAUAUGUGUACAAAGUGUAUGGAUUUGGUUUGUUGUGAAGCAUUGCAGUGAACUACUGGUACAUAUCCUGAAAUCGACACCAUUGACUUAGAUGGAUUGAAAGAGAUUUCAGACCUGCAGAUGCAAACUUCAAUAAACGUGACUCAUUGUACAAGUAAUGGCAGUGUUGCAUAAUGGCUGAUGCCCAUCGUGACGGAAUUUGUGCCUCUCGAAGUAGCGCUGGAUUUCAUAUAAGAUUAUGAAAUAUUCCUGACUGGUAAAUGUGCACAAAGUGUGUUGUAAACAUUUUCAUUGAGUUGUUGAGUUGCAUUUUUAGAUGAGUAGCUUUUUCUUUUUUGUCAGUUGAACGUGUUGCAAGGCAGUGUAACCUGAAACAAAAUGGGUUGUACAUAAAUUAAGUAAUGCUUUUCAUGUUUGUCAGUGAAGCAUUUUACUCCAUGAAUGAUAAGAAAAAAAACUACCUCCUUCUGUUAAAGAAGAUUGUGUAGUUUGGAUUUGACAAAGAUGUAAUGGACAAUAUGUACAAGAACUAAUUUUUUCUUUUCCACUAUUUGUUGUGUAGAGAAAAAAAUUAAAUUUGUCUUGUGGGAACGAUGCACCAGAAGGUCUAAUCUGGGCUGAUGUAAAUUGGCUUUGCAAGUUUUAAGAUUUCUGGGCGAAUGCAAUCUGAAACGGCCUCUUUUUGUACAAGGAACUGAACAAUUGAAUUCAUUAUAGAGUAUGUAAUACAAAAUAAGAUUAAGGAUAUUUAUGCACUUAAAGUAAGCAGAUAUUUAUGUAGAUACAGCAAGGAAGGGUUUUGCUUUUUUUCCUACUUUUUGUUGCUUUUUGUUUGGUCAGUUUUCAUUUUUUUUCACAUAGAAAGCUUGAAUUCAUCAAGAACUUUUCUUGAAUAAACUGUUAUUGCUUGUGGUGCAUAGAUUCAAUGAGGUGCGGGUCUUGGAUUAAUCAUUGUUUGCACUGAAGAUGGGUAAAAGAGCAGAACUUGUCUGAACUACAGGAGGGCACACUGUACCCAGAUGUGUGUGAGUGUGUGCGUGUGUACACCAAACUAACAAACUGAUGUUUCUGAGAUUGAAAUUGCAGUUUAUUCUGAUUUAUAAAUCUGUGGAUUUUCUUGUAUUACAACAAUGAUGGGGGAAAAAGGAAAGAAAAUUGUGUUGAAAUUUUAAUGUAAUGAUUGAAAAUGUUUUUGGGUGGUGUACCUGGAUCCUGAAACUGAAUGAAUAUUUGAAAGUGUAAAAAUAUAGGCUUACAGUCUAUUGGUACUGAGAGCUGGUGUAUACACAAAAGUAGACAGUAAAUCUACAACAAAAUGAGGUUUUCUGUGAUAAGUCAGAAUAAAAUAUGAACGUUAUGAAAUUUGACUUUUCUAAUCAUUUAUUGGAAUCUACAAAUGUGGUUAAUUUUUUGUACCAAUAUCUUAAAAAUCUUUGUGUAUUCUUUUCAAGAAGCGUUAGGUAGAAAACAAAAAAGCAGGUGAAUGCUUCUACAAAAGUUUCUUGGUUUUACUAUUUACUUUGACUAAACAGGAAAUCUAAACAUGAUUGGUUAAAUUUAAUAUGAUGACCAGAACUCUUUUUGAGACUACACUUUUAUGCCGAUUCAGAAGUAUGGUAUACCAAGAUGCCAUUAAUCAUUUCAGUAGUGAAGUUUUCAUUAACAUUUAAUGUGCAUCUCCUCCUCAAGUAGAAAAGCUUUGUUUAAAACUAUUACUUAUGUUGAAAUGCAUAUAUUCAUGUGAUUUUUGGCCCUUUCUAAACCUACUUCAAGAGAUUAAACGCCUGAAUUUUUUUUCUUUCUUUAGAAAAAAUGAAUUCUAAUACUCUGAAUUGAAAAACAGUAAGUAUUUAGAAUUGUAUUAGACAUCAUGAUCCAUUUCAGUCAUCUCGUGCUGAUGUGAUGCUGGAAUUUGUUGGCAUUUACUUUACUGGAUUUUAGCUGCCAAUUCUUUUAAAUGCUGGAAAGUAAUGAGUGUCAAUAAAUUGAAAGGAAGAAGCGUAAUAAGAUUUACAAAAGUGCCAUUAGGGGUACACAUUUUUUUUAAGGUUGCAAAUCGUAUUUGAAGUAAAGUUUUUGACUGAUAUAAUAGAUCAGUUAGUCCAAAAGUUCAUUGCACAAAUGUGCAAUUUAAUUUCUUAUAGCAGUUUAAACAUUUUUUUACUGUUUCAUGUUACACUUGUGAUUCAUACGAUUUUCUACAGAUUGUAAAGAUGUUUUUGAGAAUUUUUCAAGGUGUAUAUCACUAUGAUCCUUGUAAUUAACAAAAAAAGAGGGGGGGACAAGCGUUUUUCCUUCGGUUUUUAAGAUUAUCUCAUGUUCUGAUGCAGAUCAUAAAAAGGUAUAAAUACAAAUUGUAACCCUGUAAAUUGUUGAUUGAAAUUUUAGGAAUGUGUAAAGAAUUUACAGGGCUACAAUUUAUAUUUAGCCCCUUUUGUGGUGUGUCAGAACAUGAGAUAUUCUGAAGAAACAAAGGAAAAUUGUUUUUCGUGAUUACGAGGGUCAUAAUAGUGAUAUAAACACCUGAACAAUUUCUUGAAAUAUGUUUAAAAUCUAUAAAAAUUAGUAAGAAUGAUUUAAACCAAUACACGUGUAUCAUGGUAAAAAAAAAUUUAACUGGUAUAACAAGAUGAAAGUUUUUUGUUUUUUUUAUUGCAUGAAGUACUUUGGUGAAAUUGAUUUAAAUCCAAAAUUUUUUUAAAACUUCAAAUAAGAUUUUUAAUAUAAACAAAAUUUUAGCCCUGAGGGAUACUUUUGUCUAUCUUAUUCUGCUUCCCUCUUGCUGGAUGGAUUUAAAUACCGACUUUAUUUUAUGGUUGCAUGACAUCAAAUGUUGCCUACAGAUAUACCAGAGUGAGAAGCUGUGGAAAAAUUACAUUGGCUGCUAUUAAGAGAGAUGUGUCACUCAGCUAUAGUACUAAAUAAUACUUAAGAAAAGUUGUUGUUUUUUUUUCCUUCAGAAUUUCCACUGAUUGUUUUCCUCUGCAGAAAAUUUGAACAUGCAUUCAGCAAGAGAAUCGGCACGUGUGUCCUGUGGGAGGCCACAGAGGGAUAUAAUUUUUGUUUAAAUUUGGUUUUGGUUUUGUGAUGAGAAUGCCAAAGAACCUGUCUCCAAAGAGAAAUUAAAGCAUUAAUAGAACUUGGACUCCUCACAACAUAGUUUCUCAAAAAGGUUGUUUCUAAGACAUCAGUAACAAACGGUACUAGAAAAUUGCAGAAUGGCAAAAUGUAGAAAAUGAAGAGUAGUGACAUAAAUAUGGCCAGGGACUGUGUGUUGGCUUCUGUAACUGAAAUUGUUUGCUGUCAGCUGUGUAAACAAAGGCUUGUUGGCCAACAUUUUGUCAGUUAGUCUUCAGGACUAAUGCAGGAAAUAAUUUCCCUGUGCAGGAGUACUAAAGGGCUGUCCAUAAAUUACAUAACACGUAUGGGAGUAUUUAG